AGCGGUACUGGUAAACGGUAACUGCGAGUUUUCUGAGCGAAAAAGCUACGGGCUCGCUUGACAAUCGCAGCCACUGUAUGGAAUCGACGGCUUCGGAACACGAUCCCACUUCAUCGCGGCCCGGGCUGGACGCUAAGCAUGUCCCAUCUCGAGAUCCUCGGGGCAUGUAGACCGAGCUAGAUCGCCACGAAGAGGUGGAGCUCGAAGGCGGAGGGCGAGAAGCAGCUUGACUCGACGUGGGCCAACAGUUCGAUUCUUGCGCGAAACCGGACAGGGAAUUGAGAGCGAGUGAGCGAGCGAGCGAGAGGUCGAUCUGAUUCAGAAUUUCCAAACAUGCGAGUCCUAUCACCCGCCGUCCGUGAGAGGAGCAAGAAGGCGGAAAUCAAAGCGCAGCUGAAACGAGAGAGAUUAGAAGAAAGGAGCCUGAGAGGUCGGAGGAAGCAUGCCGCACAGAGUCAUCCUGACAGUACGCACAGAUUGUCUCAGGGCUUCGGUAGGAUGAAGGUUGCCAUUGGAUUCGUGGUCCUGUGUUUGGCCACUUAUUUCUUCUCCAUGGCGUAUGCUGAUUCCGAGUCGGUCCCUCUAGUCUCUGAGGCAGGACACACACUCGUCCCUGGUCUCGAGACCCCGCCCCGUACUUCGUAUGUCGCAGUUCGUGAUUUCUUACAGUCCAUUUCUGCAGCAGCUCUUGCAGGCCCAUUCGGGCAGGGCCUCAGUGCUCGUUUCUCGUCAUCAGACAUCCGCAGAUAUGAACAUGUUGUCUCCUGGAUCUUCAGUGGGAAGCCCUCGAAAGGCGUUAACUGAGAGAAAUCGUGGCUUUCGAUUUCGCACAACGCAACAGGAAAAGGACCAUACUACUGGAAGAAGUUGUACCUAAAUGCGCAGGAGCUACAAACAUUGACAGAGUGUGAGAUUCCUAUACAGGUGGACUGGUUGACAUUGUUAGAUAUUUCAGGCCGAGGAGCGAAAAAAGGACUAGGGUUUCUCGCGAGGGAGCAGACAAAGGUAUUCCCAAGAUUAAUUGAGCCACGUAUCGGAGGGCCAUCGAACACUUCUUACAGCUCAAUACUAAAUGCUGGAAUCUAACGAGCUCAAGACACCAGAAGAUUAGUUGACCGGAGAUGACGGGAUUACAAUAUCGAUUUAGACUAACAUGAUUUAUACCCUCGACCUGGUCAGAGUCGUACAAAUAUUGGUUGAUGUUCCAAACCCAGCAUCAUGUACAUGACAUCGUACAUUUAAGGUGUUAUCCUUAUUCUUAUUCAUUAUGACCAAGCAUAUGCUUAGGC